GUAUACUACAACUAUUUUUCUUCUUAUAUAAAAGAAAUUAGUGAAGUUACACAAAUCUGCUUUCUGAUCCAGAGCACUGUGUGGUAGCUGCAGAAUAGAAAUCUAUUGGUAGAUAGCCAUGGCAGUAGGCAUGUCCCUGAAAGGCGAUGAAGUUGGGCAGUAUAACUACAGCAAAAAAAUCACACUCUUUGUUGUAUUAUCAUGUAUGGUUGCUGCCAUGGGUGGCAUCCUUUUCGGCUAUGAUAUUGGAAUCUCAGACUUGCCAUAAUUGUAAAUAUUGUGAAGGUGGAGUUACGUCAAUGGAUUCGUUUCUGAAGAAGUUCUUCCCAAAGGUGUACAGGAGAAUGAAAGAAGAUGCAGAAGUUAGCAACUAUUGCAAAUUUGAGAGUCAACUUCUGACCUUAUUUACAUCAUCUUUAUAUGUAGCUGGUCUCAUAGCAUCCUUUGUAGCUUCAGUCAUAACUGAUUCCUUCGGUCGUAAGCCAACUAUUAUUGUUGCUGGAAUUGCAUUUUUAGCUGGUUCAGGCCUUGGAGGAUGGAGUUAUAAUGUCUACAUGCUCAUUCUUGGCCGUGUUUUGCUUGGAGUCGGAGUUGGUUUUGCUAAUCAGUCCGUUCCACUUUAUCUCUCAGAAAUGGCACCUCCAAGUUUAAGAGGAGCCAUAAACAUGGGAUUUCAGUUUAGUGUAGGUAUCGGAGUUUUAAUGGCCACCCUUAUAAACUACGGAACUCAAAAAAUUGAGGCAGGUUGGGGAUGGAGAAUAUCACUAGCAAUGGCUGCAGCCCCGGCAUCAGUAUUAACAGUGGGUGCAAUUUUCUUGCCAGAAACACCAAACAGCUUAAUUCAGCGUGGAACUGAUCAUGAAAAGACCAAGAAAAUGCUACAAAAAGUACGAGGCACAGACAAUGUUCAAGCUGAAUUAGAUGAUCUGAUUGAAGCAAGCAACACUUCAAAGACCACCAGAAAACCAUUCAAAAACAUAUUACAGAAAAAAUAUAGGCCUCAACUAGUCAUGGCAAUUGCUAUUCCUUUUUUCCAACAGGUGACAGGAAUCAAUGUGAUUUCCUUUUAUGCCCCAAUCUUGUUUCGCACAAUUGGCUUAGGUGAAAGUGCAUCACUCAUGUCUGCAGUUGUGACGGGCUCUGUAGGCAUCGUCACAACAUUCCUGUCAAUGUUGAGCGUUGAUAAACUAGGUCGUCGCACAUUAUUUAUGUCCGGGGGGAUUAUAAUGUUUGUGUCACAAAUUAUGGUAGGAGCAGUACUAGCUGCUAAACUUGGGGAUGCAGGUGGAAUCAGCAAAGGCUGGUCAUACAUAGUUCUAAUUUUGAUAUGUAUGUAUGUAGCUGGUUUUGGUUGGUCAUGGGGGCCAUUAGGCUGGUUAGUUCCAAGUGAAAUAUUUCCACUAGAGAUAAGAUCAGCUGGCCAAAGUAUAACAGUUGCAGUAGGAUUUUUGUUUACUUUUAUAAUUGCUCAGACAUUUUUAGCCAUGCUUUGUCACUUCAAGUCUGGGAUAUUCUUCUUUUUCGGAGGCUGGGUGCUUGUGAUGACACUUUUUGUGCACUUUUUGUUGCCUGAGACGAAAAAUGUGCCGAUUGAGCAAAUGGAGAGAGUGUGGCAAGGACAUUGGUUUUGGAAGAAUGCAGUGAGAGGAGAUGCAUCCAAUGAAGUCAUAUGAUCUAUCAAGCAUAAGAAUUUUAGUAUUGCAUAGAUAAUCUGAUACAUGAUAGCAGAACUUCAUGCAAUGGGAAAUAUCAUAGUUCAUCUUCCCUUGGAAUAUGAAGUGAAGUGAUUGAUUUUUAGACAAGAUAUGAAAUGAUCACUGUUCUAUGAAUUUUCAUAAUA